AUGGGAACGGUGAAUGCGCACGACGUGCUGCUUCGGCUUCUGAACGUGGGUUCGCCGGAUAAAGGGCUGACGAAGACGGUGAAGGACGAGGAAAUCAUUCAGAUCUGCAGUAAGUGGGUUUACUACAGUUUUACUAUGUUUUACUAUGGUUUUGUGAUUGUAUUGUGUUGAUUUGUAUAGGUUUUUAAGGUUAAUAUAAUUUUGUAAAUAAAUUAUAGACUUCUAGACCUUAUACACACAUUUUCGUACCUAUAACAACUUUCAGAUAAAGCAAGAGAAAUCUUCCUGAGUCAAUGCUCGUUGGUCGAAAUCGAACCGCCACUCAGGAUCUGCGGCGACACUCAUGGACAAUAUUCAGAUUUGUUGCGAUUGUUCAACCGGGGUGGCUUUCCACCAACCGUGAAUUACCUCUUUUUGGGCGACUACGUGGAUCGUGGACGUCAGAAUCUGGAGACUAUCUUGAUCUUGUUCGUGUACAAGGUAUGGCUUGGGUUUUGAAUAGGAGUUUGCAUCUGUGUUGUUUUGUUGUUUUGACACUUGGAUAGUAUUUGUGAGUCUAGCUAGGAGUACGGCAAGCUUAGGGUUAGAACUAGGGUUAAGGCUAUAAAUAAAGCUAAGACUAAGGCUAGGACAAGAGUUUGGGCUAACACUAAAGCUAGGAUUAUGAAGAAGGCUAGGACUAAGGCUAGAGCUAGAGUUAAGGGUGGGCUAAGGCUAGCGCUAAGGCUAAAGAUAGGUCUAUGAAGAAGGCUAGGACUACGGCUGGGAUUAGGGCUAGAACUAGGGCUAUGUUUAUGGCUAAGGCUAGGGCUAAAACUGUGUAUGGCUACGGCAAGAGCUAUUGCUAUGACAAGGUCUAGGGCUAGGUUAAAGCUAGUGCCAUGGCUUAGGCUAGGACUAAGGCUAUGACUACGACUAGGAUUAGGGCUAGAGAUAGGGAUAGGCCUAUGACUAAAGCUAAGACUAGAGCUAGACUUAGUGCCAAGUCUACAUAGACAAGGUAAAACUUAUUAAAGCUCAAGUAUUAGGUCAGCAGAUGAUCAUUUUCAGCUCAAGUACCCAAACAACUUCUUUUUACUGCGUGGUAACCAUGAGUGUGCGAAUAUUAACAGGGUUUACGGUAAGUACUUACUGAAAUUUUAUUUUUAAAGUUCUGGGACGGUACUCAUCGUCAGUUGGAAAUAUUGACCCGGGGGAGGUGGGUAAAGUUUUUUAAAAAAUUUGUUAAGCAGGAGUAGAUUUUGCUCCGAAUUCUAAAAUUUACUUUGAUAAACUCGAUAAGUUUUCAGGCUUUUUGGACGAAUGUAACAGAAGAUACCCGAGUAAUGGCGCAAAGAUAUGGGACGCGUUUCAAGAAGCGUUCUCGGUGAUGCCAUUGUGCGGCCUGGUUGGGGACAGGAUUCUGUGCAUGCACGGUGGCAUCUCACCGCAUCUGAAGUCGCUACAACAACUUCGCGAGAUCAAACGCCCAACCGACGCCACCGGUCCGACCCUCGAAAUGGACUUGUUGUGGGCGGAUCCUGUGGCAAGUAAGGGGAAUUUUAAGAAAGUUCUUGCCAUUUUGUGUCUUGUAAAGAAAGUCCUUGCUAAUUUUUGUUUUGUAAAGAAAGUUUUUGCUAUUUUUUACUUUGUAAAGAAAGUUCUUGCAAUUUUUUACUUUGUAAACAAAGUUCCUGCCAUUGUUUUUUUUGUAAAGAAAGUUACUGCCAUUUCAUCAAACAUGUUACCUAAAAUCUGUUUCAGACAUUGAAGGCUUCCAAGAGAAUAUGAGAGGAGCGUCAUUUGGCUUUGGCCCAAAAGCAUUGGCCAAUUUGUGCAAAGAAUUGGAUAUUGAUCUAGUCGCAAGAGCUCAUCAGGUCGUUCAAGAUGGUUACGAGUUCUUUGGCAAACGCAAAUUGGUCACCAUCUUCUCGGCUCCACAUUACUGUGGUCAGUUUGACAACGCUGCCGCCAUAAUGUGCGUGGAUUCCAACUUGGUUUGCUCGUUCAUGGUAAGGUUUUUUAUGGUAGGAUAGGGUAGGGUAGGGUAGGGUAGGGUAGGGUAGGGUAGGGUAGGGUAGGGUAGGGUAGGGUAGGGUAGGGUAAGGUAGGGUAGGGUAGGGUAGGGUAGGGUAGUAUGUGUUAGGGUAGUACGUGUUAGGGUCGAGUAGGGUAUUUUCUGUACUUAUUUUACUUUUUCAGAUUCUCCGCGCUAUCACUGGCCGUGCUGCUCCUAAAACCAUACCUACGACCAAAGGCAGAGACGCUUGA